AUGAGUCAUAGAGUUCAAUUGCUUCUGGGAGCAUACCAUAUGACAUUUCCUUUGAAAAGUGUUGACAAAACGAUUGAGAUGAAAUCUGUUCCAUACGUAUGUUAUGGUAAUUGUUUAUACAUUGAGUCUAAAAUAGCUAAUGUCACAGGCAUUUCAGGAGUUAAUAGUAAAGGUUCAGUAGAAUAUAAAUCCUUCUGUUAUGCAGUCAAUUCAAUGUUCAUUCCAAACGUUCCUGUCAUAGCAACUCAUUUAGGUAAAUGGGUUCGCAUUAGUCCUCAUAAUUUGAAAGACAUGCAAUUCAGACUUGUUGACUUUCAAGGAGAGCCUGUAGAACUGAAGGCACCAGUGCGAAUGACUGUUGAAGUUGACUUUUUAGAAAAUAUUAAAUGCAACAGCUUACAAGAGAACUCAGAGCUAAAAAUAUAA